AAGGGACAGCAUGAGUGCCGAAAGCACAACAUUCACGUAAAUCCCAUCUGGUGGUAGCUGAGGAAAAAAGCUUUCAUGGCCCCCGCACGCUGUCCACUAUCUGACUCACGCCCCUCCAUGUCCAGUGCUUUGCUCGCCUCAUCUCUCACCUCUUAUAGUGAAAAGAAGGACCGUUCUUGCCUAUCCCAGAAGUUUCAUGAUCGAUAUCGAGUUAUAUAUAUGCGGUAAAUAUUCGCCGGAGGAGCUCUCUCUUAACCGAUAUUCCUCCUCGCCUUGAAGGCCGGUGAGAAUGGCGGAAAUCGCGGUGGUUUUCGACUUCGACAAGACGAUCCUCGACUGCGACAGCGACGACUGGGUGGUCGACAAGUUUGGCCUGAGCGAGGCCUUCGACCGGCUCCGACCCACCUUGCCUUGGAACUCUCUCAUGGAUCGGAUGAUGAUGGAGCUCCAUUCUAGAGGGAAGACGGUGGAGGAGAUUGCUGAUUGUUUGAAAGAAGCUCCGUUGCAUCCGAAGAUUGUCUCCGCGAUCAAAUCGGCCCACGCUUCCGGGUGCGAUCUGAGGAUACUGAGCGACUCGAACGUGUUCUUCAUCGAGACGAUCCUGCGACAUCACGGGAUCAUGGACUGUUUCGCCGAGAUCAACACGAACCCGGGCUCUGUCGAUGCAAAAGGCAGGCUCAACGUCUCACCUUACCAGGAUUUCUACCAUCUGUCUCAUGGCUGCAAGAUCUGCCCUGCAAACAUGUGCAAGGGUGCAGUGAUGGACAAGAUCAGAUCGUCGGCCUCCGCCGAGGGAAAGAAACGUUUUGUCUACGUCGGAGAUGGGAACGCCGACCUCUGCGCGGGCAUGAAGCUCGAGGAAGAAGAUGUUCUGCUUCCGAGGAAGGGCUUCCCCGUGUGGGAUUUGAUCUGCCGCAACCCGACCCUCGUAAAAGCGAGGAUCAGGGAAUGGACCGACGCGGCCGAACUCGAGACUGUCCUGCUGAACUCGGUCGACGCGUUGGGCCGCCUGGAAAAUGGAAACGCGAAGGCCAUUCGCCCAAUCCCCGUGGCCUGCAAGUUCCAGACGAGUCUUCUCGACGCGGCCCCCAAAUCGCCCACCGUUCGUCGGGAGCCCGAGCCUUGUUCUUCCGUUGUUUGAUGGGAAUUAAAAAGACCAGGUGGGAGUAACCUAGUACAAGUACAAGACAAUUUGUUGCCUAAGGCAAACAUGAUGAUUGGAAGUCCUAAUGCAUGUUUUCAGUUUGUUCA